AUGAGUUUGGGUAAGGAUGGAUUCCUCUGUUUCGUCUUCCAUGUUGUGACGUCAGAUCAUUUCCAUCGAUCAUGUCCUCAGAAAACACUGUCCAACUCCUCACAAAUCCAGGGCGUCAGCAUCUCAGAAAGAGAAGUUAUUGAGAGUCUAGAAUCAAAGUCAAAUAAAUUUAUCGACGCUGCGAAACAAUUAAAAGAACAAUAUAUACCGCCAACGGGAAGAAGAAUAACAAACACUCACUUAAUAGAUAGACUAUCAGAAGUAGAAAUAGACAUUUUGCCAACAACAAAUUUUUCCAAGAUGUCUAAUUUUAUUUCAAAGGAACAGACUGAAUUCUUGAAUGAAACUUGGAUUGAUUUAUCUGUUGUUUCCGACUGCUUGGAACUUGUGAGAAAAGAGGAAGAAGCUCUCAGUUUUGGAGAACUAUCACAUUACACAAAUAUGACAACGAAUGCCUUAUGUGCCAUGCGCUUUGAUCUUCAUACAGCAUUACAUUCAUUAGAAAUUGGUAUGGGAAACCAUGCUAGCUACAACGCAAAUAGCAGUAGAGUGUGCAGAAGUUUUGUGAACCGUCAAGAUAGGUACUUUAGGGACUUUGUCAUUGUAAAUCAGUCAUUGAAAUAUAUGGAGAGACUUCGUAAUUAUCUUGCACAAAUGGCUGAAGAUUAAAUUUAGCAUAGUACAAACUUAUGAGAAGCAUUGCCUGACUUGAUAACAAACAAUACACCUCAUUUCAAUGGUUGUCAUAAAAAUAUUUAGUUGUAUAUUUACAAGCUCUUUUUAAAACAUUGUUCAUGAUUUUAUUUCUCAUUAGAUUAAUCUAUUUUAUAUCACUAUUUUACAAAAAAUACGUGUUUUUUUUCAUAUUAUCAGUUUUGUAAACCCAAAAGCCGAUGUACAUAAGUUUUAUUGUUAUUUUUUUUUAUUCAAAAUGCCAGUAUAUAAUUCUCAGAA